UUAAAUCCCUAGGCUACAAAUUUUGAAAAUGCGCUUGUUGCUUGUUCUCCCCAUGUUGGGUGUCUGCAUGAUUGGACGUUUGUUGUAGCUAAUCGUUUGUAAGUUUUGGGAAUUGGGUAUUGGUGCAGAAGGGUGAGAAAUUACACAGUGUGUGCACGAGUCUGGUGCUUCGACACAUUCGUUACCCACAGCAGGAUUGUAGGAUCGGACGACAUUCAUCUACUGUGACAAUUUGUGGCUUCUAGCUUUUUCUAGCUUUUUCCUGUCUCAUGCCGGCGCUUACGCCGAUCCAGUCUGUUGUUGACGAUGAUGAGGACGAUGGUUUUUGGAGAGAACUUGUGAGGCGCAGAAAUGUCGUGGUUUAGAACGUGAAUUUUCAACUCUUCGUUCAAGGCCUUGCCGGAUUUUCAUAUUUCCUUUCACAAUAAACUGCAGUUUUGUUGUCUUGUUCAAGACGCAGAUUUAGGCUGUCAGUGAGAUUGUGGGGUGCUGAAAGCUAAUCGAGUUGCGGCGUGUUGGUCAGAGCGCAUCUAGAGAACAACAUGGCACCCACUUUGUUGGCCGACGUAGGUUUACCCUCAGCUGGCCGUGUGCUGAGCAUCCAAUCUCACACCGUACAUGGUUAUGUUGGAAAUAAAGCAGCAGUUUUUCCGUUGCAAAUUCUAGGGUUUGACGUGGAUCCUAUCAACUCUGUUCAGUUCUCCAACCACACAGGUUAUGCAACGGUGAAGGGGCAGGUGCUCGACGGUGAACAGUUGUGGGCGCUUAUUGAAGGCCUUGAAGCUAAUGAUCUACUGCAUUACACUCAUCUUCUGACAGGGUACAUAGGAUCAGUCUCUUUCUUGGAAACUAUAUUGCGCGUUGUGGAUAAGCUCCGAUCUGUCAACCCAAACCUUAUUUACGUAUGUGACCCUGUAAUGGGCGACGAUGGCAAGUUUUAUGUUAAACCAGAACUUGUUCCCGUGUAUCGAGAAAAGGUAGUUCCAGUGGCGACUAUGCUCACACCUAAUCAUUUUGAAGCCGAACAACUCACUGGGCGCCGUAUUGAAACAGAGGCAGAUGCAUUAGAAGCUUGUAUUGCUCUGCAUGCCGCAGGUCCUUCAAAGGUAGUAAUCACAAGCUUACCAAUUAAUAACAUGCUCACUGUCGUAGGCAGCCAUGUUCAAAGCAAGGGGAAGGCACCUAAACAGUUCAAAAUAAUUGUACCGAAGCUGCACUCAUACUUUACUGGCACUGGAGAUUUAAUGACGGCACUUCUACUGGGAUGGAGCCACAAAUUUCCUGACGAUUUGGAUAAAGCAGCAGAACUUGCCGUAUCCAGCCUUCAGGCUGUGCUCAAGAAUACAAUUGCGGACUACGACAAGGCAAGGGCGCUACCAGCACCAAAAACCCAUCAACUCGAGCUUCGCCUCAUUCAAAGUGUCAACGAAUUACGAUCUCCAGAAGUAAAAUUUCCCGUCGAAACUAUAUGAUGGCGAAAGAUCCAAGUCUUCCAUACCAAGAGUUCUGCAAGGCUGUCAGGUGUGAUGAUUCGUGCCAGCCUGAGUUACAGAAACGUAAAUCUAAAAUCGUGAAUGCUCUGCAUACAGGUUCAUACAUCAAAGGAGUAUCCCUGAUAUAUAGGAUCGUUAUUUGGGUCCCUCUGUUACAAUUAAGGUCGAGUCCAGAAUGGCUUCUUAUCGCUGACUAAGCCUGCUCCGUCUAAUUUGUAAGUGCUUUGCAUGCACACAUUGAUGAGAUUCUCCCCACCCAUUAUCACUGUGUACCAGGAUGGUACAUAAUUUACUGCAAUCAAAACCGACUCGAGCAUUGCACCUUAUCGAAGUUUCUUUGUUUUGGGUGUGAAGAAGGAUUGCUGUUCCAAGUAAUAUCUUCACCAAUUUAGAGAGGGUAGUUGCAUUAAUUGUUGUUUUCGUUUUUUUUUACUAAAUUUAUUAAGACCUCAUGACCAGUAGAUGUAUAUAGUUUUGAAGAUAAGGAUUUAGCAAUAUGCGAAUUUGUUUUGCAAAAGGUAAGACUAUUUAUUUUCCAAAGAAA